GUUCCCCUUCUCAAACCCGCCUCCAGGCAGCCAUCUUCACUCUCCCAAACGCCUCUUUCGACCAUAGUCGGAUAUUUUCAUAUCUACAUUGGACACUCUUCAGGGAAGCACUCUGUUUCAUUUCUAGCAGUCAUAUCUCACAGUCUCGUUUCGUCCUGCACUAAAAGUCAGGCUGAAGCAGCGUCACCAUGCCCAAGCGCUCCCACGGCUGCUUCGAGUGCAGGAAACGCAAGGUCCGCUGUGACGAGACAAAACCAGAAUGCAAUACAUGCCUUCGACGCGGCACCAAAUGCCCUGGCUACCGCCCAGCGCACGCCUUCGUCGUUCACACUUUUGAUCGGAACCGGGGCAGAAUAGACGUCAGAGAGGACGAGGACCGCUAUAGAUAUGCCAACCGGAACCACCCAUCAGACAACCAGGCCGUUGUCCAAGCCCGCCCCUCAGAAUCAACGCCUGUCGAUGGUCCCGUGCCGCGACCUGUCAAUCAGGCCGCAAUAGAUCGAGUCCAGUUCCUAAGCAGCUUCCUAAGCCUAUAUCUCCCGAGCUGGAAGGGCGAGAUCCUGACCCCUCCGGCAGCUAUGAUGUUCUACCUCCCAACUGUGCCUGCGUCGAGACAGGUCUUCUCCGCGGCCCUUGAUGCAGUGUCCAUGGCCCAGCUUGCCGUGGAUAAUAAGAAUUACCCCUUGAUAUAUCGCACCAGGUCCACGUAUGGCACGGCUCUGAGCCACUUGAUGAGAGCCAUCAGUCACCCAGAACACUCGCUAACAGAUGAGACGCUGUUGGCAACAUAUCUGCUUGGCCUGUACGAGGUAUUCGUUGGCGUCACGGGGAUGAGUGGUUUCUACUACCAUGUGCAAGGCCUCCUCCAUCUGCUCCGGUUGAGAGGACCGUCUGGUAUCAAGACACCAUUGGCAUUGGAUGUAUUCCAUGGUGUCCGGUACAACUGGUUGUCCGUUGGAUACCGCCUCCGUAGAGCCUCGAUCCUAGACUCCCCUGAAUGGCUCGCCGUGACCGCCAACGCUGCAAAAACCGACCCUUACGUAGCGCUGAUAGACAUUUGCAUCGGCAUCCCCCGCAUCCUCGAACGAACAGACCAGCUCGCCAAAUCCGCAGCUUCCGUUGAGGAAUUUGACAAGCUCAUCGACGAUUCCCAGCAACUCGCCGACCGAGCGUUUGCCUGGUUCGCGAAAUUCGAGAGCAACGGCCCGCUUUACACGAAAGUUCCCAUCGACCAGAUGGACGGCUUUCUCACAUACUUCAAUGAUCAUACCUACGACCCCGUCUACCACUUCAAGACCUUCGCCAUCUUCACCACGCUCAUCAACUACUGGAUGGCCAUGUCCAUCCUCCGCUCCAACACCUUUGGCCUGGUGCGCCGAUUCCGCCAACUCGCGCCAAAGCAACUACUCAUGUGGGACCGCGAACUCUCCAGCUACGCAGACAACAUCUGUCGCGCGGUUCCCUACGGUGUUCGACGGUCGGCCGGGUACUGUGGCCGCUUUGGGACCCUGACGCCGCUCGUUGUCGCGAGGAAGUACUAUGAGGCGAAGAAGGCUGCCAAGGAGAUGGCGUGGUGCGAUAAGGUGUUUGUAGGAGCGCGCGUUCCGGGAUUAUACACGCCGCCUAGUUCGAAGGCGCAUGGAACGACGAGUGACGGACAAGGGCAGAGUCGGCCGGGCGGGGCCGUUAUGAAGGCGUAAGGUGUUGCAUGAGUGGAUGCAUGUAGCCGAUGAGGUCCCCUUGAAGAGGUUGUGUGAUUGGAGAGAGACAACUUGCCCUAUGGACUACGAUCGGUGUGCGAGUCAUGCCAGAGAACCCCGCCACCAAAGUUUGAUUCUGGAAGGUCUCUUCAAACCCUUACAGAUCCCUUUUGAGACGGAUUGAAAUCAUUUCCGACGC